AUGGACAAUUCCCUCGAUAACACGACCCUCUCGACGGUGUCACUCCUUGAAUCACGGCUGUUACGAAUCGAGCACCUCUUGUACGGUCCGACCGCAGCGUCACCACCUCCCCAGACAGAGUCCGUGGUCGAGAUGCUGGAAGAACUCGAACGUCGCUUUAACCACCUCAUGUCCCGUAUCCGCGUGUACGGCGAGCUGAUGAGGCUUUAUCACUCCCAUCCAACGCUCUUCCAACCCCCUCCGCCUUCCGAACCUCCAACCCAGCUUGCCCCAGAGGCAGUCCAAGCAACAGUCCUCGCGUCAGCGGCGUCCUUUCCGGCCACGGCCUCGUCGUUGACCUCUGUGAACGACUGCCCAAUCCCCGAAACUUCCCAGAGCGCGGCCCUGGCCUCUCUCGUGCCCAAGAUGCGAGGUAUUGAAGCGACACAGAUGGCUCAAGAGGCGGAAAUGGCCGAGCUCCGCGCCCGAAGCGAGGAGGUCCUCAAGAGCUGGUAUCAACAAGGUGUUCUGAGCGCAUCCGAGUUCAUUGCCGAGGUCGAAGGCCGGGUUGAGCGGGUUGAACGCCAUGUACGGAGGGCUCGGCGGGAGAAGGAAGACGAGGCGGCAGUCAUCUGA